AUGAAUCUAAUUCCCAUUCUUUUCCCAUGUCUACUUCUCUUUACGUCGGUGGCCGGAGAAAUUCUCGGGCCAGGAUUCUACGGCAACACAUGUCCUACUUCUCAUGUCCUACUUCCCAUUCUUUUCCCAUACCUACAUCUCUUUAAGUCGGUGGCCGGAGAAAUUCUCCGGCCAGGAUUCUACGGCAACACAUGUCCUAAAGCCGAAAUUAUCGUGAGAGAAGAGAUGAGAAAAGCUAUGCUGAAAGAAGCUCGAAGUGUUGCCUCCGUUAUGCGUUUUCAGUUUCAUGAUUGCUUUGUUAAUGGAUGUGAUGGUUCUGUAUUGCUCGAUGACACACCAACAAUGUUGGGAGAAAAACUCUCACUUUCAAACAUAGGCUCUUUAAGAUCGUUUGAUGUAAUAGACAACGUUAAAGCCGCAUUAGAAAAGGCUUGUCCUGCCACUGUUUCUUGUGCUGAUAUUAUCAUCAUAGCUUCUCGUGACGCGGUUGCGCUAACAGGAGGACCGGAUUGGGAAGUAAAGUUAGGGAGAAAAGACAGCUUAACCGCAAGUCAAAAGGAUUCAGACGACAUAAUGCCAAGUCCAAACGGAUCAAACGCAACAACCUUAAUUGAUCUCUUCCAAAGAUUCAAUCUUACUACAAAAGACAUGGUUGCUCUAUCUGGAUCACACUCUAUCGGUGAAGCUCGAUGUUUCUCGAUCAUGACUAGACUCUAUAACUAUUCCGGUUCAGGAAAAUUCGAUCCGGCUUUCGAUCCAAUUUACCGAGGGAAAUUGACCAAAUUGUGUCCCAUGGGAGGUGAUGAAAACGUUACAAGCAGUAUGGAUGCAACGGCUAAAGUGUUUGAUAAUCAAUAUUUCAAAGACUUGGUUUCUAGGAGAGGGUAUCUAAACUCGGAUCAAACAUUAUUUACAUCGCCGGAGACGAGAGAGUAUGUUAAAAUGUUUAGUGAGAACGAAACAAAGUUUUUCAAGGCAUUUGCGGAAGGAAUGGUGAAGAUGGGUGACUUGCAAUCUACGAAACCUGGAGAGAUUAGGUUAAAUUGUAGAGUCGUUAAUCGAAAGAACUCUUGA